CCGCUUUUCCUAUUUGCAGCAGUCGUCUGAGUAACUGCAACAAAAACUUUAAAUUUCGUGUCUCCGUGUUUGGGUGCUGUGGUGAACUGUGCUAUAAAUUUAAUAUGGAGAUAAGAAACCAUGGUGAAGCAUGGUGGUUGUGACUCACACCGAAAUUUGUAUACCUAUUACUUACAGCCAGGAUUUUUUUAGAGGAAGAUUUCAAAUUCGGUACGUCAUGCCGUCGGCUCGGCUCACCCUCCGGGAGGAGGACGUGGUUCGACUGGCCCUCGAAUUCUUGCACAAUCGUGAGCUGCAUAUUUCCCAGUUGAGCUUAGAACGUGAAACCGGUGUGAUAAAUGGUAAUUACUCGGACGAUGUUCUUUUCUUGCGACAACUCAUUCUCGAUGGACAAUGGGAUGACGUAUUGGAAUUCAUCCAACCGUUGGAGGCACUGCAGGCAUUUAAUAUGCGCAAAUUCAGCUAUACCAUUCUUAAGCACAAAUACAUAGAACUGUUAUGUAUUAAAUCGGAAGCAAACGUACAAGGAAAUAGUGUUGACAACGCCGUCGAAGAAGUCGUCAAAGUUUUAAACGAUCUGGAGAAAUUUGCGCCGACAAAGGAAGACUACUCGAAUUUAUGUUUGCUUUUAACUUUACCACGACUGACAGACCAUUUACAAUAUAAGGAUUGGAAUCCGAGUAACGCACGCGUGCAGUGUUUUCGUGAAGUAUAUCCUCUAGUGGCCGAAUUUUUACCCGGAGACAGGAAAUCUACCGAUGCCAACGCGAACAACUCCGCGAAAAACGAUAGGCUUAUACAGUUGAUCAUCAAGGGGAUUUUGUACGAGUCCUGUGUGAAUUACUGUCAAGCUAAGGCCACAGGGACGACGGAAUCGCAAUCGCACGAAAUGAACUUUUCCAGAUUGCUGGACGGUAGUGUGGGUUUCAGUGAUUCCGAUCUUAGUUUAUUGUCUUGGUUGCAAAGCGUCCCCUCGGAGACGUUUUCGGUACCUUUCGAACAAAGGACUUUAAAUGUAGACGUAGAACGAUUGGAGAGGCCUUCAUUGGAAACUUCGUGGACUGAACAUAUGCUAGUAACUCCAAUUAAACCAAAGACGUUCCCCCACUCGGCGAUGCCGUUUACUCGUCCGCGAUCAGCAGCCGACAUCAUGACGCGCUCUCUGAUGCCCGUGUUGGACGGGUUGCCGUACGGUUUCGCUAGUGGCGGAAGCGCCGGCCAGAACGGCAACCCGCGUCUCAUGGCUCUGAGUACUGGAGAUAUUUCAAACGGACCCAUGUCGCGGAGCAGUUUCGCCAGUUUUCAUUUAACCGGAAUAAAAAAUAACAAACUGAUGAACACGUCUGUUGAUCGGCUUUUCGAGAACGAAGGAGAGGUUUUUCUGAGUAAUAGCUACGCAGAGUUUCAACAGCUCCCCUCGAUUCAGGAACAAACUAGUACGCCUAAAUUAGCCACGCCACCGUGUACUCAGUCUGCGGUUAAACCUAAGAGUCCCGAACGGAAAGUAUCGAAUGCCUCGACGCCAGAACACAAAGGGCGAGAAUCGCCAGCGUCGGUCGGGACGGCUCGGUCUUCAAGAAGAGACUCGUUGAACGAAAAACCUGUUAACGUUGUGGAAAAUGUACUUAGCGGUCCGGUAGAACCGACUUUAGAUAGAAGUUACAAUGGAGAUCUUUUUAGGGAGUUCCAAAAACAGAAACAAAAAUUUCAAGAAACCAUGGCGCUUAAGGAGAGAGAGCGAGAAGAGUUGUUGCGACAGAUGAAUCACGAGAACAAAUUGAUUGAUGACUGCAAGCAAAACGUAAAUAAACCAGUAAAUGGUACAUCAACUGUCACCAGAGGUACUCCAUCACCAAAACCAAAUCUUAAUGGAAACAGUGACACCUACAGAGGACACCCACAACCUGAUGAGAGAGACCUUAGAGGACUACAAGAAGGUGUUUACGACGCCGUUAAGCCUGACCCAAGAAAUCAAGAACAGGACAACAACGACAGCGGUGGUACUAGGCCUAAGUUUGUCGCUGUUACCUCCUUAGAAGAUGUUCAAGCUGUGCGGUGUGCAGAAUUCCACCCUGGUGGACAACUGUAUGCAGUGGGAUCAAACUCGAAAACUUUACGAAUAUGUGCUUACCCUAAACUUGGUGACCUCAGGGAAGACCAUCAAACAUAUCAGCCUAUGGUCCUCUUCAAGAGAACAAAGCAUCACAAAGGAUCGAUCUACUGCUUAGCAUGGUCACCAAUCGGCGACUUGAUGGCCACCGGCUCCAACGACAAAACCGUCAAAUUAAUGCGAUUCAACGCGGACACAUCUAAUUUAGAAGGCGAAGAAAUCGAAUUAUCUAUGCACGACGGCACCAUCCGAGAUUUAUGCUUCUUAGAAGAUACGUCGAAUAAAUCAAGCCUUUUAAUUAGCGGUGGUGCCGGAGAUUGUAAGAUUUACGUAACCGAUUGUGCCACAGGAACUCCAUUCCAAGCAUUGAGCGGACACACCGGGCACAUUUUAUCUCUGUACACGUGGGGCGGUGCAAUGUUUGUUAGUGGAUCACACGAUAAGACUGUACGAUUCUGGGACUUGCGAACCAGGGGAUGUGUUAAUAUGGUCACACCCUGUACCAUACCGGGAACUAGGCAAGGAUCACCUGUGGCUAGUCUAUGCGUUGAUCCAUCAGGACGGCUACUUGUGUCUGGUCAUGAAGAUAGUUCAUGCGUUUUGUAUGAUAUUAGGGGCGGAAGGAGUGUUCAGUGCUUUAAACCACAUUCGGCGGAUGUGAGAUCGAUUCGGUUUUCACCAUCAGCGUACUACUUGCUGUCGGCUGGAUAUGAUAACAAACUCGUCUUAACUGAUCUACAAGGAGAUCUGACGUUACCUCUUCCAAGUGUAGUGGUUGCACAACAUCAGGACAAAGUCAUUUCUGGUCGCUGGCAUCCAUCAGAAUUUUCAUUUUUAUCAACAUCAGCUGAUAAAACUGCAACGCUUUGGGCGUUACCGCCAAUGUAGAUUUGUUUAUAAGUGUUUAAAAGUCUGAAUUAACUAAUACUCAUUAUUUAUGGUUGCACAUAUUGUAUUACUUUACUUAAUGUUAAAUUUGAAACAUACCAAUCAUAACAAAUUGAUUUAGUAAAAUACUUUAAUCUUCUCCACAUCUAGAAACAUCGCUUUUGAGUAACCACUGAUAUAAUCAUUAAACUUACCCAUGUGUUCUAAUUAUAUGCCAAACUCGUAAGUUGUUAAUAAAUAAGGAUAUGUAAUUAUAAACACUGAUAAUCAUGAAAACAAAAAAUGCUUGUAUUAUACAACAUUAUUUCUAUCUGUUGUAGUUAUGUGCAUUUGAAAAGUAAUGUAAAAUCAUGACCAAGCAUUUUUUUCAGUAAAAAGAACUUGUGUCAAUUAUUUGUAACUUCCUGUUACUCAAAAACGAUGUGUUUAUAUCUGCAGUAAUAACGGUUUUAACUAUGUUUAAAACCCUAACAUUUAACACGCUUAUGUCAGAGAUAUCAGUGAUGAGGAACAUACUAAUUUUUCGUAAAAGAAAAAAACAGAUUGUAUUAAAUGUUUAGUAUAGCCUGGAAGCUGCCUAGAUCCAGACUUUGGCGCUUUUAUUUUAAAUAAAUAGCAAUCUAGUAAAUGCACAAUUAUGUUUUGGCUGUAAAUGUACUGUUUUAUAAUAUGCUUUUUUAAGUUCAAUCUGUUUUGUUGUGUUUCUUAUGAUUUGGAUUUAAGCGAUGAAUAUUGUAUAUAAUACCUUUUAAAGCUUUGUAUAAAUCAUUAUUGUAAAAUUCAGUAUUUAUGUUAUAUAUUUAAUAUUUAAAAAGAAAAUACAAUAUUGUUUUUUAAUUGUAUAUCAUCUACGCGAAUUGUUAUUAAUUUUACAUUAAUAAAAUUGUCUAAUGUUA